AUGGGGUGCUGUGAGUCGUCGUUUAUACGUGGACGUCAGCACCAGUACCUGCACCGCCGCAACACUACUGCCACCGACAACAACCAGGCUCCUCAAGCCUCCAAUGGAACCGAGUCCGCGGGAGCCGUACUGGGAUUCUCGGAGUUCUCGCUGGCCGACUUGAAAAACGCCACCAAUAACUUCAGCUCCGACUUCAUCGUCUCCGAGAGCGGCGACAAAGCCCCCAAUGUCGUCUACAAGGGCCGCCUCCAGAACCAAAAUAGUCCUAGUUGGAUCGCCAUCAAGAAAUUUACCAAAUUGGCCUGGCCUGACCCUAAGCAAUUCGCCGAUGAAGCUUGGGGUGUUGGGAAGCUGAGGCACAAAAGGCUUGCCAAUUUGAUCGGGUAUUGCUGCGACGGCGACGAGAGACUGCUGGUGGCCGAGUACAUGCCCAAUGAUACCCUUGCCAAACAUCUAUUCCACUGGGAGAAUCAGACCAUUGAGUGGGCCAUGCGGUUAAGGGUUGCUCUAUACAUUGCUGAAGCAUUGGAUUAUUGCAGUGGUGAAGGCCGCUCAUUGUAUCAUGACUUAAAUGCAUAUAGGGUUCUCUUUGAUGAGAAUGGUGAUCCUCGGCUUUCUUGUUUUGGGUUGAUGAAAAACAGUAGGGAUGGAAAAAGUUACAGCACUAAUCUUGCGUAUACACCCCCUGAAUAUCUAAGAAAUGGAAGGGUGACUCCGGAAAGUGUUAUCUUCAGCUUUGGGACUGUCCUUUUGGAUCUUCUCAGUGGGAAACACAUCCCUCCUACUCAUGCUCUUGAUAUGAUUCGUGGCAAAAACAUUAUUCUCUUAAUGGAUUCACACCUGGAGGGAAAUUUUUCUACUGAACAAGCGACUGUGGUUUUUGAUCUUGCCUCACGAUGUUUGCAAUAUGAACCCAGGGAGCGGCCAAAUACCAAAGACCUUGUUGCAACAGUUGCCCCACUGCAAAAUAAAUCUGAUGUUCCAUCUUAUGCGAUGUUGGGAAUUCCAAAGCACGAGGAAGCACCUCCGACUCCACAACAUCCUCUUUCUGCCAUGGGCGAUGCCUGUUCAAGGAUGGACCUCACAGCCAUCCAUCAAAUUUUGUUAAUGACACACUACAAAGAUGAUGAAGGAACCAAUGAGUUGUCUUUCCAAGAAUGGACUCAGCAAAUGAAGGAUAUGUUGGAGGCGCGAAAGCGUGGUGACUUAGCAUUUCGUGACAAAGAUUUUAGAUCAGCAAUGGACUGUUACUCUCAGUUCAUAGAUGUGGGGACCAUGGUUUCUCCAACUGUCUAUGCACGAAGAAGUCUAUGCCAUCUGCUUUGUGAUCAACCAGAUGCUGCCCUCCGAGAUGCAAUGCAAGCGCAAUGUGUCUACCCUGACUGGUCCACAGCAUUUUACAUGCAGGCCGUUGCUCUUGCCAAGCUAGAUAUGCACAAGGAUGCAGCUGAUAUGCUGAAUGAGGCUGCUACCUUGGAAGAGAAAAGACAACGGGGAGGGAGAGGAUAG